AUGACGGUAGAUGUGCUCGCUUCGGCAGAUGCGGAUCUUCGCUUCCAGAUGGAGGAAGCAGGCGUCAGCGCGGACGUGCAGAAGGCAAUCUAUGCAGAAGGCUUCACUUCCGUGCGCGUCUUCGCUGGAUUGGAAGAGACCCGCGAGGGUGUGCGGGCGGCGCUGAAGUCCUCCUUCAAGCUCGACAGCAACGAGAGCCCUGCCAUGCGCAAGGAGAUCGCUCUCUUGCUGGCUGUUUGGGAAGGGGCUCGCUCUCUGCUGACGUACCAGGCAAAGAACAAAGAAGAGGCAAAACAAGGGACACAAAAUCGGCUCAUGCAGUCCUCCGAAUACGGUGCGAUGCGCACCAGGGUCGAGCAAGUCUUGAGUCGUACUCUCAAGGAUCGCGAGGCUCCGAGCAAGGCCUUGGUUGCCUCCAAGCUCGAGCAACUUGAGGACGGGGUUCCCAAGGCCGAAGAUCUUAGGGAUGUGACGUCUUACGAGGACGUGGAGGGGGAGGCCUACAGCGCCAUUAUCGACCCUGCCACAGCCAUGCUGCGCAUCAAGCCUGGUCGCGCGUCUACAAUACCCCCAGGGUCACCAGAAGAGCUUCGUCUUCGCCAUCGUCGCAUCGGCUUGGCGUGGGAUUUCGUGAAGACGCGGCAUUCCACCCGAGCUUGGGUUCCUGACAAUUGUGUGGAUUGCUUCCGUGUGCUAUCGGACCAUGUUUUAGGCUCGGCAGUAGCCGGACUUCGGAGUGCUUCAGGCCAAGGCCCCACCUGGUCCUUGGUGUUGAGCUAUGAGCAAGAGCUUCGCAAAGCCGCGUAUCGCUACAUUCGCGACGGUCAGUGCAAAGACUUGCGUGCUGCUCUUGAGAAGGCGUGUGAUGCCCCGGAGGUUUUGACCACACACUUUAUCGUCCCGUUCACCUUGGGCAAGGCCGAGGAUCCUGUGGAUAUGCCCGACUUGACAAAGGUGCCUUGGCUGCAUCAUGGGAAAGGUGGCAAGGGCAAAGGCGGCGGCAAAGCUCCGGAUUGGGGGCGGCAAUGGGGGAAGUCUAACAAGACUCCUGAUGGCAGGGCUCUAUGCUUCAAGUUCAACAAAGAAUCGGGGGGGUCGGUUGCGCAGCGUGCAGUUGCUGAUCCUGGCAAGCGAAAGUCUGUGGCCACUGCAGAUGAGGCCGCGUCUGGUGAUGAAGAGGAACUUUGGAACAAUAUCUUUCCCAGCCGUGCUUACUCUGGCCUAGAGUAUGAAGAAGGAGGCGACGGUAUUCGCAUCGCUGGUUUGCGAGGGACAGGGCCACCGCUGUACUGUCGUAUGGGUGGUGCACGGAAGCCUUUCACCGAUGGUUGCGGUCUGUGCUCCCCUGGUCGAUGGCCUCCCUCUGCCAGGCAGGAUGCUUACGAGAAUGUGAAGUUGUCCUUCCAUCAGCGCCUUGCGACAAAGCUGCAUAACUUUGUGGGCGCAAAGCUCAAUGUGCGUGACUUAGCGUUUAAGCUUGCUGCAGGUGUUGUCAAGGAGGCCCCCUUCAGUGACGAAAUGCUGGAGGAAGGCAGAAGCAUCAUCUGGAAGGAGCUUCGUGAUGCGGGAUGCCAGCUACCUGUAGAGGAGAAGAGCCCUGGUCAGCCCUUCUACCUCGCGGCCAUCGAGGAACUGCUACGGCUGGCUGGGGAUCCAGAUUCUGCUGCGUUUUACACAAGUCAAGACUCCUUUGCGAAAGGAGUGCGCCUAGGUGUCGGUGUGGAGCUGCCACGCGUGCCUGCUGUUUUCACUGCCAAGGAUCGAUGGAGGACCUACCCAGAUGGUCCUGACGGGACGGUGCUUCGGGACAACUAUGUAUCCGCUAAAGAACAUGCAGCAGAAGUGCAAAAACAGUUUGAGAUCGAAGCGGAGCUUGGUGCCAUGUACGAGACGGACUUGGAGGCUGCGUGCAGGGAGCUCGGCGAAGUGUCAGUCGCCUCGCUUGGAGCCAUCGAGAAGAAAGAUGGAUCCUACAGGGUGACCCAUGACGCAACGCACGGCCUGUCUGUCAACAGUGUGAUAAAGGUUCGGGAUCAGAUGCGCUGCCCUGGGGCCGGAGACCUUCGGCGAGCUUUGCAGACUUUGCCUACAGCGUUCUUCGCCCUCUCAGGGGAUGUGGCGCGUGCCCAUCGCCUCGUAAAGAUUGCAAAGCGUGACUGGAAGCAUCUUUGCUGUCGCACUGGCACCAAGAGAGAUGACGUAAUAUGGGUGAACUGCGUGGGUACCUUUGGUGUCUCGUCAGCUGCGUACCACUGGUGUCGUCUGAUGUCAGGACUUGGGCGCUCUGCGUUCUUCUUGUUCGGCAAGUUCGGCUGGAUGCAACUUGUUUACGUCGACGAUCUUCUCUGGCUCGUCGGCGACAAAGGCGGCAUUGAAAAGCUGAUCACAGUGAUCUUUUACUACUCAGCACUGGGGUUGCCGUUUGCUUGGAAGAAGUUUUCGGGUGGCCUCGUGUGCAAGUGGGUCGGUUUCGAGUUGACACUGGCUGAGAGAGCCUUAGGACUCACUGAGGGAAGGGCAAAAUGGAUAAUCUCCUGGGUGUCGCAUACUGUGGAUGCUGGUGCAGUUCGAAUGGCAGAUUUUCGCGCAGUGCUCGGCAGGCUUUCGUUUGCGUUCACUGUACUUCCCAACUUCCGACCGCUCUUGGGACCGCUGUAUGCCUGGAGUGCAGCGAUGGGAUCCUUCCACAGUCUUCCCUUGCCAAAGCUGGUGGUCGUGCUCUUGAACUUCUUGAAGGCUUCGCUAGAAAGACUUGGGAGAAAUGCGGCAGUCGCCGACCACUGUGAUGCAGAAAGAGAGCUCUUUCGGACGGAUGCCCGGGCCGAAGGCGACGAGGUGUGGAUCGGGGGCUUCGCGUUAGACAAUGGCACGUUGUCAGAGUGCCGCUGGUUUGCAGAGCGCAUCUCGCACAACACAGGCAAAUGGCUCUUUCUGGCCGGAGAGUCCUAUCGUGCCAUUGCAUCUUUGGAGCUUCUCGCGACCUUGACAGCAGUAGUACUCUUUGGCGUUCCAGGGGGUCAACAUCUUGGCUGUGCUUGCUCAGCUAGCACCGACAAUCGCGGCAACGCCUUUGCCGUCUCAAAGUUGAUGACGACGAAAUUUCCCCUAUGUGCCUUUUUAUUGGAACUCGCCAUGCAGCUUCAGAUGAAGUCGUCAGAGCUGCAGUUGAGAUGGCUUCCCAGGCUCCAGAAUGUCGAAGCAGACCGGCUCACUAAUGGUGAUUUCACCGGCUUCAGCGAUCAUAAGCGGUUGCGGUUUUCGGUGGAUGAGUUUCGUGGCAUUUUGCUUUCGGACAUGCUUGACUUGGGCUCCGAUCUCUAUGGCUCGAUCAGGGAGGCCAAGACGAAGGGCAAGCUGCGGAUUCCUAAGACGCGCAGAGAAGACACGCUCAAAUGCAGAGAUCCUUGGAUGUAG